AUGGAAGGAACUGAGGUUAGAUCCGCGAGUUGCGGAGCCAAAUCCGAAGAAAUUGAAGUUGAUUCGUUUCGAUUCCGCGAAGAAAUUCAACGAUUAAUGCCCAUACCACCACCGGAGACUGGUAGUUCCUUCACCGCUCUUCUUGAACUUCCGGCGAAUCAAGCCAUGCAGAUCCUAGACUCCCCGGAAACUGAUGAUGCGCCGCCAACACUUUACGGCUGCCGAAUUGAACAUCCCAAACCUUCCCUCCGUCUUUGCAACGGCCGAAAAGUGUUGGCGAAUUCGAGCUCAAAAUUGGAUAAGGUGAAGCAAGAACCGAUAGAUUGGGGGUUAAACCCUAAUUCACUGGGUUUGAAGCAUAAUCAGAGAUCAUCAGCAAAGAGAAAGGAGCGAGAAAAGAAGAAAAUCGAAGAUGGCGAAAAGCUUCCGUACGUUCACGUUCGAGCUCGUCGUGGUCAAGCAACAGAUAGCCAUAGCUUAGCUGAAAGAGCGAGGAGAGAAAAGAUUAAUGCAAGGAUAAAGCAACUGCAAGAACUGAUCCCGGGAUGUAAAAAGGUUAGCUGUCGUUUUCUUCAUCUUUUUCUUGAUGAGAUUUCGGAUUAG